AUGUUGGCUCUCUUCGCUGAACGGUGCCAGUCAGCCUUCAACUUCCGCUCCCCGAUACAGAUGAGUAUGCUAUCGCAACUUAUCAUUCUCAUCAUCGUCUUCUGUCCGAACAACGCGGGUCGAGUCUUUUAUGUCAUCGGAGCCGCCUCAUUCUUCAUGGACGCCUGCUCGAUUACAAAGAAAUUGGAGACUGCAAUCGUCAGAAGAUCAUCAUCUCUUGUUCUUUUUGGUCUCUAUGUGAUGCCGAUCGUUGUGAAAGUGAUCAUUUUUCUGAUGGCUACUUUGGACGGAGCGACGACAGCCUAUACUGACUACUUGGGACACAAAGCAGCCAGGAAUCAGAAGAAAGAUGAUACUGCUGGAGAAGAAAAAGUGAUCGGAUAUCCAGAAGUUUGCUUUAAAAAUGGCCGUUUAUCGAUGACUUUCAACAAAGGAAGCAUUAUAAGCUUCAGCUAUUCUGAUGCGGUGGAAGUUAUGAUGGAGGGUAAGGGAGAAUCCAAAGUAACGGAAAACGAAAAGGAGCGAGAGAAGACGAUGGACUACUUUUCGCAAGCCAGUCACUAUAAAGGAACAACCAAUGGUUGGGAGAUUUCUCCAACUGAUGAAGCCAUCCGCAAUGAGAAACGGACGAAAAGCGACGAUGCUGAGUUCACUGCAAGCUUCAAGCUCUUUGAGGAGCAGUUGCCAAAAGACUUCGUGAAGUUGUCUGCUCGUGCUCGCAUCGCGAAGGGAGGGUGCUUCUACGUUCUUCUCCGCUUCUACAUGCGAGUCGAUGGUGUGCUUCUGAGAGUAUGUGACACACGAAUCGUUGGGGAUUCUGACAGCCAUCAUGUGAUCCGCGAGUGGCAACUUCGUGAGAGGAAGUACGAGGAACUCGGAACCACCGACGAAGCACGCCUUCUUGAUGCUGAUCAGCCGUGGAAAGAAUUCAAAGUAUUCAAAGCGACCACCGAAAAACUUACGAUCGUCUAA